UGGAAUAUAAAAGAAUCAAAUGAAAUGGGUUAUGCGACACUUGACGCAGUAUUAUCCUUCACUAGCGAUGACAAAUAUGAAAACAUAAAAAAUAUUCCUCCUUCAGGCUCAUCGAUUUUGAUUAAAGAUACAAUUGGAGCCGAAGGUGGAUUUUUAAUCCAUCAUUUUUUGGUUAAUCAACUGAAAGCGGAAAAACAUGUGGUGUUGGUUAGUUUAACGCAAGAUAUGCAACAUUAUGCUAUCAUCGGACGAAAGCUGGGCGUAAACCUUCAAAUAGCCCAGCAAAAAAGCAUAUUUUCAAAUAUUGAUGGAUUGACUCAUUUAUAUACCACCGCAUCAUCAUCUUCUAUUGAUUCAACGAUAAACUCACCUUCUGCUACUAUCUCGGCUAAUUUAAGACAACAAUCGUUGAUUUCAGAUGCUGUUCUAACAAACUCUGAUUCGUCUUUAUCAUCUCCGCCACUUUCACAUAUCUAUUCAACAAUAAAAUCAGUGAUUAACACACGUCAUAAUGUCCCAAAUGCCCGACUGGCAUUGAUCUUUGAUGAUUUGUCGGUGCUAUUAUACGCUGGAUGUAAUGUAUGCGAUUUGAUAGAUUUUUUUAAGGCUUGUCGGUUAUUAUGUCAGAAGCAAAAUGGAUCACUGAUAACUCUUAUUCACGCUGACGAAACAAUAGAUCCGAUAAUUUCCUCAGCGGAUGAAGAAAAUGCCCGGCAAGAAAACCUGUUUAUCAAGUCACUUCAGUAUCAAUCUGAAUAUAUUCUUGCAGUACGCGGUUUAGGAUCUGGAUUUUCAAGAGAUGUUUCAGGGGAGAUUACAUUGGCAAGAGGCCCACGAAAUUUUGAUCUCGAGUACAGACCGACCACAUUACAGUACAAAAUUCUUGAUAAUAAUGUUCAAUUUUUUGCGAGAGGAUUUUCUCAGGGUGUUUUAUGA